AUGUCACACACAAUUUACGUGUCCAACAUCGACUACACCGCAGGCACAAAGGAACUUGCUGAAGCCGUUUCAAAGUUCGGCAAGGUUCUCAAUGCCCGCAUCAUCACAGAGAGAAUUCGCGGCCAGACAGUUUCCCGUGGCAUUGGCUUCGUCGAGUUCGAAACAGAGCAGGCAAUGAAGGCAGCUGUUGAUUCUAAGGAACAAACCCUUAUCAACAACCGUGCUCUCAGAAUUGCCGCCGCAAGACCAAAGCAACCAAAGGAUUGCGCUUUCGUUGCCCACCUUGCUGCUGGCACAACAAAGGAAAAUCUUAUCGAGGCUUUCAAGGCUAACAACUCCAAGGAUGCCAAGGUUAUUGUUUCCAAGUCUAAUCCACAAGUUAUUUUCGGUUUCGUCCAAUUCGCUACAGCCCAGGAUUGCGAGGCUGUUGUUAAGGCACACACACCAGUAAAGAUCAAUGGUGCUGAUGUCGUUAUCCGCUUCGCACACAAGUUCUUCAACCAGAGACCAAGAAGAACAAGGAGAUACUAUCGUAGAGCUCCAACAGGCAAGUAA